UUCCUGCACACGUGUCUCGUACAGCCCAGCGCUUUCCCCGAUGUCGUCUGUGGAAGAGUUAAUAGAGACUGUCCGUCGCGAGAGUGUGCUCUAUGACACCGGGCAUCCCGACUAUGCCAAAGGCAGUUUAAAGGAUGAGCUAUGGACUCAGAUUGCUAGCGCUCUAAAGUUCAAGGACGGCGCAGCCGCGAAAGACACAUGGCUGAAAAUACGCAACUGUCACCGUGAUGCCCUCAGGAGGCAAAAGAAACUGAAGGGCAGAACCGGCUCGCGUGCUGCUGCCAUUAAGCCAUGGAAGUAUCAACAGCAAAUGGAAUUUUUGAUACCAUACAUGACCAUUAGCACAAAUGUCAGUGACGGUGACAGUGACGCUCUAGGAAUAACCGAAGGUGAUAACAGGUCAGAGGAAGAUUCCACCGCCGUCCCGUGUGAAUAUCUGUUUCCCUCCAUUGUGCAUGAUGUUGAAGGGCACGUUGACGACGACAGUACUAGCAGCAUAGACAUUUCAGCUCCUUCACGGGAAAUGAAGAAAAGGAAAGUUGUUGACAUUCGUAAGGAGAGAACAGAUAUUAGUGCUUUGUUCAGGCAGUCUUUGGAAACCAGUGAAAAGAGAUCCCGAGAGAGUAUGCACGAAGGGAAAGAGGUGCACGGACACUUGGAUGAAGGAGACCCGCUGUACUAUUUCUUCAUGAGCAUGUACACGACGACAGCCAAAAUGCCGCCUGCGUCACAACACAUGAUCAAGCGAGAAGUGUUCCGCAUAGUUUCUGAUGCAGAGGAGGCUUUGUUAACUAUGCCACUUUAUCCCACUGACCAUUCCUCUCCGCUCUAGACUGCUUUGGCUGUAAAUGCCGAAACGCCUCUUCUACAGUUUUUUAAAUAACUGAAAUGUCUCUCCCACAUUGUAGUCAUCCAUUUCACUGAUUCCCAAUACUAUCAUUAGAUGACACAAAUAUUAUUACGUUUUGUGUAUUUGAUUAUUCCCCUUUUCUAAAACUCGUGAUAUUCACUCAGAAGUCCUUCCCUAAUUAUUUUGUCUUUGCCUUCCAGGAUUUAAGUGUCAAAACAGUUCAAAUAUUUGAACAAGUCUGCUCUGUUGAAGUAUUCUGUAAUUUAUUAUAUAAAAUACUUGAAGAAACUCAAAUGUAUCUUAAGCAGUAUUUAUCAUUUGGUUGAGCUAGGGCAUUCGUUCAUUGUACAUGUUUGUUCAUCUUGGAACUGAUUUUGGCCUGUUUGAAAUUUUGUCUUAUUUCAUACAGCCUUGAAAUCAACAACUGAUUACCUAUGUUCUCUUCUGUAUAUUCGAAUACAUAACACAUACUCUUUUCCCAAGCACAUAGUAGGCAGUUUGUUAUUUACAUUUUAAUCUGGAAAUAUUUAACUAUAUAUCUGUAACACUUUUUUUCUGCCACAUCGUCUUCAAAGAUCAUUAGUGGUGUAUACAAAAUAUAUUGAUAGGGUGGGGCUUGGUUUCAAUAAGACAGAUUUUUGGUUCAGGAAGGUGAUGUUUGUGGAUUUCCAGAAUGGUCAAUAGUCAGUACAAGGGCCACGCAGCAGUAUAGUAAAGUAUUGUAGAAAAAGGUAAAUACGAGUUGACAUUUCAGAUGAGUAGACAGAAGGGAAUGAAGAGAAGGAAAAGGAGGAAAAGACCCUACAAUGUUGGUUGAGGUCCAAGGCAGGGUGAUCCCUACAUUGGGGCUCGGUCUCUGCCUCCUAAGACCCCCUCAGCAACAAGCAAGGUUUGGGGGCGGGGCUGGUUACAUUAUAUUACCUCAAAUUAUGUAGUAUCUUCUUAUGUAUUUAUUCACUACUUUAAUAGACAGGAAUAAGUUUCCUGUUUUGCUGGGCUUCACUGGGUUCUCUAAUUGUAUGCUCUUAUGGAUUAAGGAUUUAAAAAAAGCUUUAAUUAAUUUUAGCUCAGAAUAAUGCACCAUUUGAUAUAAGGGAAGAUCUGAGAAAGUUCAGAUCUUGUGUAUACAUAUUUAUCAGUGCAUUUCUAUGGCAUGAGGUUCAGUCUCAAGGACUAUCUUACUUACAUUCAUAUUCAUUACAAUAAAGGUAUAAUUAAAAAAAUGUCAAAAUUCUUAGUUUGUACAGUGUGUAUGACAACCAAGCUAGUUAUUUCCUAUUUUAAUCUCCAUUUGUCAUUAUCAAAAAUAUUUUCUUUAAUUACUCUUGUUUACAUUCAGAUACCAGUAUAUGGAAAAGUAUACUUUAUUAUAAAAAUAAAAUUGAAAGUUGAAUCAACAGUUUUCAGCAUUGAUGGGUCCUAUAUUAUAUGGCAUUACUAGCCUGUGCUACAUCUGUGUUAAAGAGUAUUUAACCCAGUGCUGACAGGUAUAAUGUGUACGUACAUGUUAUGCCUACUGUGAGUACUUGUUUGAUUGUUUUUAGAUGGCUACACUUGUACCAAGUCACCAAUGAGCCAGUUACGAGUACUGCCUGUCUUGCCUGUUUACCCUUUUCUUU